CCGGCUGUUUUUCAUUGCCCGGCCCCUUCUCUGAAGCACUUUUCCCCCUAAAUUUGGGAAGAAGGACUGGAAAGGGGGCGGAUAGAGCGUCCGGAGGAGGAAGAAGUGAAGCCCGGAGGAGGAGGAUCGGCGGGCCGUGGGGAGGGGACCCCACGCCACCCUUUCUGGUCAUCCUCCUCCUGCCCCGCCCCUGCGCACACUCCCUCGCGGGAGAGCUACUUUCAGACCAGCAAAGUGAGGGCGGCCCUGGGUGACAGCGCCGCGGCGCCAGUGCCGGGGAAGUCGCGCGUCUGUUCGCGUCUCCUCCGCCGCGCUUCCCGCCGGGGGCACAGCACCGACCGAGGAUGGCUUCGACCACAACCUGCACCAGGUUCACGGACGAGUAUCAGCUUUUCGAGGAGCUCGGAAAGGGGGCUUUCUCAGUGGUGAGAAGAUGUAUGAAAAUCCCUACUGGACAAGAAUACGCUGCCAAAAUUAUCAACACCAAAAAGCUUUCUGCUCGGGAUCAUCAGAAACUGGAAAGAGAAGCUAGAAUCUGCCGUCUCUUGAAGCACCCCAAUAUUGUGCGACUUCAUGACAGCAUAUCAGAAGAGGGCUUCCAUUACUUGGUGUUUGAUUUAGUUACUGGAGGUGAGCUGUUUGAAGACAUAGUGGCGAGAGAAUAUUACAGUGAAGCCGAUGCCAGUCAUUGUAUACAGCAGAUUCUAGAAAGUGUAAAUCAUUGUCACCUAAAUGGCAUAGUUCACAGGGACCUAAAGCCUGAGAAUUUGCUUUUAGCUAGCAAAUCCAAGGGAGCAGCUGUGAAACUGGCAGACUUUGGCUUAGCCAUAGAAGUUCAAGGAGACCAGCAGGCGUGGUUCGGUUUUGCUGGCACACCUGGGUAUCUUUCUCCAGAAGUUUUACGUAAAGAUCCUUAUGGAAAGCCAGUGGAUAUGUGGGCAUGCGGUGUCAUUCUCUAUAUUCUACUGGUGGGGUACCCACCCUUCUGGGAUGAAGACCAACACAGGCUCUAUCAGCAAAUCAAGGCUGGAGCUUAUGAUUUCCCAUCACCAGAGUGGGACACAGUAACUCCUGAAGCCAAAGACCUCAUCAACAAAAUGCUUACUAUCAACCCUGCCAAGCGUAUCACAGCCUCGGAGGCACUGAAACACCCAUGGAUCUGUCAACGUUCUACUGUUGCUUCUAUGAUGCACAGACAGGAGACUGUAGACUGCUUGAAGAAAUUUAAUGCUAGAAGAAAACUAAAGGGUGCCAUCUUGACAACUAUGCUGGCUACAAGGAAUUUUUCAGCAGCCAAGAGUUUGCUGAAGAAACCAGAUGGAGUAAAGAAAAGGAAGUCCAGUUCGAGUGUUCAGAUGAUGAUAAACAACAAAGCCAACGUGGUAACCAGCCCCAAAGAAAAUAUCCCCACCCCGGCGCUGGAGCCCCAAACUACUGUAAUCCACAACCCUGAUGGAAACAAGGAGUCAACUGAGAGUUCAAAUACAACAAUUGAGGAUGAAGAUGUGAAAGCCACAGUUUGCAGGGCCUGUCGCUGAGUGCCACAAUGCCUCUCCACCUCAUAACCUGCCCAACACCAUUGCUCAGAGCCGGCACUUCUUCCUGAUGGGUGUUCAUCGGUUUGGUCCAUCUGCCUCUCUUUCCCAGACUCCAGAGUUGUGCUUCACCUGUGGAAAGCUGGGCUCCUGCAUGCCCUUACAUCAUCUCUGUCACUCAUCCUGCUUCCAGCCUCUCGCUUCAGCUCGCCAUUGAGCAGCUGCUUGGAUCUCUUGCUGCAUUUCAUCUUUCUUUCAGGCCUGGGCUAGUGGAGCUCUUCACCACAAGUAGAAGUGUAUUUCUAUGAGACAGACUGUGUGUAGGGACUUCACCUUUGUUUAUCCUCUUUUUCUUCUUGCUGACAAAUCGGUAAUGGUAAUGAAGCUGCAUAGAACAUUGUGAACAGUCCACUUAAGGGCAGAGGUGUUGACUCCCUUUUCACUUGAAUGGGUCCUGAUAUUUGAUGACACCUGGACAUCGGGUCUUGGCUAAUCUACAAAAUUACUGGAUUAUUGAGCUUUCUGUGUGUGUGUCUUUGUAAAUCUGUACAUUAGUGGACAUUAUGAUGACUAAAUGCUCAGAUUCAACUCUUCUAAAGUUCUGUUUUCAUUGAAAAUUUUGAUUUCGGGUUGGAUUCCAUGGGGCAGGUGAUCACAUGAUGCCAAUCUUCAUAUCCCCAUGCAGUUUGUAACUCCGCUCUUGUCUUGCAUGCAUUUCUCAUUCAAAAGAUUCUGCAAAUCGAGAAACUCUUGAAUAUUUUAUUUAAGGACCUUUGAUAAUUAUAUCACUCCAGUAGGUCAAAGUGUCUCAGAAGAUGUAAUGCAGUGUAUAACUUCCUCCAGGUUUCUGAUUCAAAAUUUGAUUUUUUAAGGUUUAUUUAGAAAAAUUCUUUUAUGUGUGUACAUACUUAUUGAUCUUUUAACUUUUAAAUCAGGAUCAGUAACUUAUAGGACUGAUGCAGAAGUUACCUCCAAUGUGUAAUUUUCUCUUUCUUUUUACAGUUCUUUAUUUUACUUCCAUACUCACUGUUUUCCUCUUUCCUCUUUGCCUUCUACUAGUUUGUGUCUUAAAUUUGUCAGUGAUAGCAGCAGGCUUCUUUAGCCCUGCUGACAAAAACAGGGUCCAAACUGCCGCCAACCCCAGCUUAAAACAAAGUCCAAAAUCAAAAUAAAAUAAAUGAAACCAACCAGCAAAGACAUGUAACUACUCAUUCAAUCAUAAGGAAAGCUUAGGCUCAUUCUGUAAUAAUAAAUUCCCUCAGAUCAAAGUUUCUAUAAAUGACUUUUUUAGCAAGUUUGCAGAGCUCUUUAUGCACUUUUAGAAAUUUCCAUAGCAAAAUAAUGUAGCAUUAUUUUAUUAAAUACUGUAUGCAUAAAUCCUAAAAACAUACAAACAUACAUCUAGUAGAAGAUUCUUGCCAUCAGUUUCUAAAUAUGUUUUUUUUUUGGACUUAAUUUAGCUACCAGUUUAAAAAUCUAAUAUUUAUUAUACAUAGGCAUUACUUCAUAUGGAAGUUAAAAAUAUAAAAGGUCAUCAGACUUACAAUUUAUGUAAUUAAAAAUGUCAUAGUCAGCAAGGUCUAAUUUAUAUUAUAAUUGCAUAUAUAUUGAGUAUAAAACUUUGAUUUUUUCAUACAUCUACUUUUCCCAUUGCCAAUAAAAAUGGUCCGAUAAGCUGCCAAAUUAAAUUACGCACAAGUUUUAAAAUAUUUUAUUACUCUGUCUCCAUUAUUUUCUCAAAUUAUACUUCAUUACUUUUUUUUCCUACUGAUGUAAGAAAUAUAUAUAUUAGCAAGGAUCAUAUUGGAAUAUAGAGUCUACACUCUGUUUCUAGUUCCAGUCAUUAUCAGCUUGCUUAAAGCAAGUUUCAUAACGUCUCUGUGGUUCAGGUUUCCCCAGGUUACAGAAUUUAGACAUUGAAAUCAAGAAUACAGUGCUGUUAGAUUUUUUCUACCUAUCUUUAAUACAAUAUUAUUACUAGAUUGUUAUGAGAUGUCAUGUUUUUAAGGGGGUAUGUACAAUUAUACAUUAUAAAAAAUAUAUAAUAAAGUGAUAUAGAUGUUAAUAAUAUAAACUAUUGAAAAUAGUUAUAUAAAGUCAUUUAAUUCAAAGUUGAAUACAGGAAUACAUUGCUGCAGCUUUAAGGAAUAUUAUCUUAAUGGGAAAAAAUUUAUGUCCACUAAUGUUAGUUAUCAUAGCUCUAAUGGACUGUUAAACUAGUAUUUUAAAUACAUUCCAGUAAGAAUCAUUUUGUAGUUGUCCUUCAUGUUUUUAAAAUAUCUACUAUAUAAAAUUACUGUAAACUUAAUAUUUAAAGUUUAUUUGACCUCAUGAAUUUCUAUGCAGAAGUUAGAUCAUAAUCAUUUGUUUUUUUAACUGUAAUUAUAUAAUUCUGAUAUUAUGUAAUAGAAUAAAUUACUUAGUAAAAUACUAUCUUUUUUGCUAAAUUUGUAUUAUUUUCUAGCAAUAAAUAUAUCUAGAAAUUAUGUGAAGUGAUAUGUAUCCUUUAGUGAUUCUUCUGUUAAGUUGGUGAAAUGGCCUCUUCCCUACCCUCCCUGCAUGGAUUUCUAAUAAAAUCCCUUUAUCCCUUUGAUUUACUCAGGAGAUAUUAGAUCUAAAGUAGUCAAAGAAAUAAUUCCUUGUCCUGUGCAUUUUUAAUAUUCUGCCACAUUACAGGUCAUCCUGUUUCAGAAAAAUAUGUUAGAUGAAGAACUAAGAUAUUACAGGAGAGGCAAAGAAGCAUUACUGAAUGGAGGAAUUUAAUGGAAAAGACUGUGGAAGUAAAGGAUUUUUAUUUUUUGCAUAUGGAGUGGUAGUAUUUUUAUUCUUCAAUUUAGUGCAAUAAAUAUUCUAUGGGCACCUCCAAUGUAAAGCAUACUAAGUAAGCAGUAACCCUGUUUUCUGCCUUCAUGAGCAAGUCUAGAAAAGAUAAAGAUGAUUCUGCAUGACAGUGUACCUUCUUUGAUAGCCAUAUAGUUCUAAAACAAGAAAUAUGUUCAUUAAAAAAUAAACAUAAUGACACAGCUACAACAGCUAUGUAAUACAGAAAAUUUCAGAUGCAUGUAACAUGUAAUUUCUUUAAAAGAGACCUCUAUUUGCGAUAUAUGGACUCAUCCUUUUGUUUUUGUUUUUUAAAAUUAUUGAACACCUACUGUGUGCUUAAGCUGUGGUAAACUAGGUUUACGCUAAAAAAAGCCUCACCUUUUCCUCAAGGAGUUCUUAGGCCUAUAGUGCCCUCUUUAAUGAAAUUAUAUCUGCCGGUGCAUUUGCCUCAAUGAGUGGUCAUUUUGCAUUAAAAUUUCAUUCUAUGUUAAAUAAAAUUUUUUUUAGGAUAUGUGAAUAAAGUGUUCUUAAAAUUUAGUGAAUUAGGUAGUCUAUCUUUCUUCUUUUUAACAUGUAAGUAUAACAUUUCUCCCAUGGUCAAUAUUGUUUAGCAGAAUUUGCCAAUCUGUCAUAUGGAAAUAAGCAUCAUGGUUGUUAGAGCAGGACUGGUUUAGUUAUUAGGACUGCCAUGAUUUAUUUUAUGGUCUGGUAAAAUGAACAUCCCUGCUAAAGCCAUAUUAUCCCUCUUAACUACAUAUGUAUGGGCACUUCAGUACCCAAAGGAAUCAAUCUGCAAUAUGCAAAGACCUUUGGAUGGAUGGUUUGAUCUCUUCACAUUAGAACAGAAAAACUGUACUUAGUUGAGGACAUUCCCAAAAUAUUCAAUUAUGUUUUCUUUAAAAAAUAAAAAUACAAAUUCUCUAUAAAAACUAUUUAAUGUUAUAUAAGUUGGACAUUAAAUUAUACUUUUAAAGUGUCUGCACACUGACACCUCCAAAACUCAUUCCUCUUUUAUUCCUCCUCCUCUCCAUUGCACUAUCAGUGCAGUCUGCAAUGUUUUGAUCUAAUUGCAUUACUCCUGAAUAUCAUAUUCUAACCUUUUUUCAUGUUAUGUUUAAAUGCAUCUGUGAAAACUGAAUUUGGCAUGACUGUUGUAUAUUCUAGUUGCCUUGACAUCCCUGGUUCAUCUUCUUAGAGCUUUCUUUGUCUCCUCAGUUUUGCUUAUAUCCUGCACCCAGUCUAUUACUAGGCCUCUUUUCAAUAUACACACAAUUAUUUUUUAAAUUGACUACUGCUCACUACAUUUCCAUAACCCUAGUCUAAGAUCCCAUCAUCUUUUGCCUAUAUUAUUGACAUGACUUCUUAGCCAGUCUAUGUGCUUUGGCAUUACCUGCCUGUAGUCUGUUCACUAUAGUCAGUGAUACUAAUAUAUAGGAGAUUAUACCAGCACCUGUAAUGUUCCUGCUCUAUAUUCUCCAGUGGCUGCCAAAGUCAUUAGAAUGAAUUAAAAGGCCUUCUGUGAUCAGACCCUCCUUCAGCCACACUUCUCUUUACCAUCUGACCUCAUCUCCUAUUACAUAUACCUCAGGAGCAGCUAUUCUUGAAAUGUGUCAAGCAGGUUCCUGCCUCAGGGCCUUUGCACUUGCUGUUCCCUGCCUGGUAUGUCCUGACACAGAUUCCACAUGACUUGCUGCCUCUUGUUAACUUCUUACAUAUUCCUUGACAACUCUAUUUUAAAUUGUGUCCCUGCAAAUCCAGCACUCCCAUUCUCUUUCUCUGCCUUACUUUUCUUCUGGUAUUUAUACUUUAUUUCACUUAUUUGUUUAAUGUCUCUCAUACUAGAAUGUAAGUUUCUUCAGGACAGAUCUAGCCUACUUCACUCAGAAUUAUAGUACUCUCAUCAAAUGUAUCCCAUUAUACAAAGUUAAAGUGAAGAAAAAGGUAGAUAUUCCUAAAAAGUACAGAAAUACCUCAGAAAAGUUUAAUAGCCUUUAGUGACAGAAAUAGUUUACUUCAGAGACUACCAUCAAUUUUAACCAGUGUAGAAACCAACGUAGGUAUUUUAACCAAUGUAGAAACAGUGUAAGCAUAUGAGAUUGUGUAUUUAAAUUUCUCUUCAAGAAAUAAAAGCUUUUCAUUCAUAAUAUUUACAAGUAAAAAGAAAAGUAAGGUAAGAUGGAACUUAACGCCAUUUAAAUAGUUAAUAAAAAUGAAAUGUGGUGCUUACUUGUUAUGAAGGAUAAAACAAAAACUGAGAUAAAUAUGUAAAUUAUCUGUACCUGAAUUGAGUCUGUACUAGAAUUUUUAACAUGAGCAAUUUUGUGAAUUACUGAAGAAUUUCCUCAUCAAUGUUAUUUAAAUCAUAUCUACUUCUCAUUGCUGUGUUGUAUAAUCUACCUAUACAAGUGCUAAGGAUAACCUUUAUAGGCACUCCCGGUUGUCCAUCCUGGAACUUUCAAGUCAAUAAGUCCAUGUUAUCUCACGCUUAUGUUCAAUGAAAAUUCUUACUAUUGUCUUGAUCACAGUUAACAUAAUAUAGACAUGAAUUUAUCUAAGUGUGGACUGUCAGUUUCUCAUCAAAUAACCUGAAUGGUGUCUUUGGUGAAUGUUUAUCAAAUUCAGCAAAUAAAGGAAAAAGAGUAUUCCAUACUCACAAAUUUACAUCUACUCUAAGUUACAUUUUAUAAUAAUUUGAUAACUGAUGAUAAUUUAUAAUAUGCCAUAGGAUGAGUGAGAAUGACAGUAAUAUGUUGUCAGUUUUGAAAUACAUGGGUCUUAAAUUUAAUUUUUACUAUAGUCACAUUGGUUAAACCAACAAUAACAUUAGCGGGCCUAUGAAAUUUUGCCAAGAUAUUCCAAAAAAUACCUUUAAAUUAAUUGUCUAAGCUGAAUUAGAGCAAAAUAUCCCAGAGCUAAACUGGUUACAGUGUAAGGUAUCAUCUUAAUAAAAAGCAUUUGCUAUGAGAACUCAUUUGAGAAUUUUUGGUCUGAUAGGAUAUUUUCACCCUCCCAAAUUAAACUUUGAAAAAUGUAGUAACUAAUCAUGGAAAUGAAUCUUGGUCUUAGGAGUCUUUCACUGCUGUCAAGUGAUAAAUGCAUGGGCAUAUCAAGAGAGUUAUAAGAAUUCAUAUAAUUUUGUGAAAAAAAGAGAGACUGUGUGUGUUGAAAAUGGGAAGUAUAUAUAAAUAAUUUUCCUCUAAACCUAAGUAUUUCAAGUUGUGACAAACCAUUGUAAAUUUAUCCAGACUGACUGCUUUGAUGUCUCUUCAGUCCAGUGGUCUGCUGUCUCAGAACACUACAAUAAUGAUCAAAGUAAGGCAGAAUGCUCCUCUAUUACACUGAGCCCUGGCCUUCGGACCUGCAAAGCCAAAGACAAAUGCAUUAUACACUUGACUUCCCAAGAGAAUCUAUCAUCUUCCCAAAUUUUCCAAAUUAAUAAAUUACAUUCCUUAAUUACAUUAUUUGUCCUAUAUACUUGUUUCACUGGUUCCCUAAUUUACUAUUCAGGAGAUGAUCUAGGACUUUUAAAUAAUGUGUGGGUGAAACUGGAUUCUAUGAUAUAUUUUGUGAAUUGGCCUCUCUCUCCCAGCUUCACUGGACCUGAUCUGCCCUUGCAAUUCUCGUUCAUUGAUUUUUGUAAGCUAUGGAUAGGAUGAUAGACUCUGUAAUAAAAGUACAAGGUACUAUUUCUGCAGCUGCUGAAGAUGAGAAUCAGCUAGAAAGUACAGGAUCACAAUGACAGAGGGUGCUGCGGCAUGUUUUGGGGUGGUAGUAAACUCUGCUGUGUUAUCUUGACAGUCUCAUCAAGGAGAAUGGGAUAAGCAAAAAUGUUUAACACUUGGAAAAAGGUGAAAUGACAUUCUUAGAGUUAAAAUAUCUGUACAAAGGCAGGUGAUAAAACUGCUUUAGCUUCAAACUCAUUGAGGCAACACUGGUGCAAGAAUUGUUGAAAUGUGACUAAAAGCUUAUGUGAACCUGGAGGUAAGAGAAAAGAUAUUUUAAAAUAUCAAAUGGGGCUCAAUAAAUGUGGAAGCAGAAUAAUAUUUUUGUGCACUCUUACUAUAUAGUCAGCCGAGUUCUUUCUCAAAAAACAAAUCCAGGAACAUCACACUUCAAUUAAUUUUGAUGGAUUCUUUUGUUUUUUCAUUUUUGCUUUUUGCAGAACAGAGAUAUAUGAUGGUUUUGUAGCACAGAAGAUAAGCUCUUCAGUUCUCCCUGUCUUUAUGUGCACUCACAAGUCUACCAGUUGAGUUAUUCAGGAUAUUAUAGUUACAAAUAAGGUAACCAAGAAAAUACUGAAUUCUAUUUUCUACUAAAUUAAAAUCUCAUACAUUUCCUAAAUGAACAGCAAAGUUACUAAUGAUAACUUAAACAGUAGAAGUCAUUGAAAAAAUUAAAACCUACUCUCAUGCUGCACAGGAUUUUAACCCCCUCAAUAUUUGAUAGUCCUGGUUAUCAUACUUAUGGAUA